AUGGCAUCCAUACUAUACCCAUUGGCAUCUCUAUCUCAAAUUGAAAAAACACCGUCAAGGGAGGACGGUAUUCCUGAAGACUUGGAGGAAGAUCUAAGAGCAUAUGGUUGCAAGUUGAUACACCAAGCUGGGAUCCUCUUGAAGCAGAAACAAGUAGCGGUUGCUGCUGCUCAAAUACUUUUCCAGAGAUUUUGGUUUGUUAGUUCCAUGAAACAAUUUGGUGUUGGUGAUGUCGGUAUGGGGGCCCUGUAUCUGGCAUCUAAACUGGAGGAAUGUCCACUCAGAAUGCGAGAUCUGAUUAACGUAUACGACCUGCUCCUGCAACGUGCUUCGCACUCCCUUAGCUCCAAAUCUGACCAAGACUUCCGUUAUCACCCUAUGUCAUAUUUUGGCUCGACGUUCUACGAACUCAAAGAUGCACUUGUUCUUUCUGAAAUGCAGAUACUGAAGCGUUUGGGCUUCAAUGUACACGUUGUACUACCUUAUGGAACUUUGAUCAGCUACCUGCGCAUUUUGGGACUGGAUAAAAACACGGAGGCUUGCACGCGUGCAUGGGGAUACCUGAACGACGCGCACCAAACGCCGGUGUACGCCCUUUACCAGAUUCCUACCAUCAUCUGCGCGGCUAUAUACUUGACGGCAAUGCACCUGCAGAUACCCCUGCCAGCGAGUUCGCCCCUGUCGUGGUGGGAACUUUUCGAUACGAAUGAGGAAGACGUGUUGAGCGUCAGCGGACACAUCAUGCGCCUUUACCGAGAACGCACGGCAGAGGAGAGACGACGAGUAGUGGGGCUGGUGACGAAAAAGGAAGUCCGAAGGUGGCUAGAAGAAAACAUGACCGCCUCGAAGUAG